UAUUUAAGAAAAAAAAAAAAGGAGAAAAGACCCAUUGGGCUACUUGAUCCAUUUUAUCUUCAUGAAAAGAUAAGGAAUUUCUGAGGAAGAAGCAUCAGGAUGCUCUGAGGAGGAAGAAGAAUCUGCUUGUUCUUCAAGGAAUGAUGAUGUGAAUCCACAGGUACUGGCAGGAUGAAGCGAGGUGGGAAAGAGAGAGAGGUAACAAAAACUUCUUCAGAGGAGGACGGUAGAGAAGAAUCCAAGAAACGGAGGACUACCAAUGAGAAUUCUCAAACAUGUGAUUGGGGUAAUCUCCUUCAGGACAUUAUUCUACAAAUAUUUAAAUAUUUACCCCUUCUUGAUCGGGCUCAUGCAUCACAAGUUUGUCGAAACUGGAAUCAGGUAUUUCAUAUGCCUGACUUGUGGAGGUGUUUUGAGUUUGAACUUAACCAACCAGCUACAUCUUAUUUGAAAGCUACACAUCCAGAGCUGAUAAAGCAGAUUAUUAAAAAACAUUCAAACCAUCUACAGUAUGUCAGUUUCAAGGUGGACAGCAGCAAGGAAUCAGCUGAAGCAGCUUGUGAUAUUUUAUCUCAACUUGUAAAUUGCUCUUUAAAAACACUUGGACUUAUUUCUACUGCUCGACCAAGCUUUAUGGAUUUACCAAAGUCUCAUUUUAUCUCUGCACUGACCGUUGUGUUUGUAAACUCCAAAUCACUGUCGUCACUUAAGAUUGAUGAUACACCUGUAGAUGAUCCAUCCCUCAAGGUACUAGUGGCUAACAACAGUGAUACACUCAAAUUGUUAAAAAUGAGCAGUUGUCCUCAUGUCUCUCCAGCAGGUAUCCUUUGUGUGGCUGACCAAUGUCAUGGCUUACGUGAACUGGCCUUGAACUACCACCUCUUAAGCGAUGAGCUGCUUCUCGCUUUGUCUUCUGAGAAACAUGUCAGAUUAGAACACUUGCGCAUUGAUGUAGUCAGUGAAAAUCCAGGACAGACACACUUCCAUACAAUUCAGAAGAGCAGCUGGGAUGCUUUUGUCAGACAUUCACCUAAAGUAAAUUUAGUGAUGUAUUUUUUUUUGUAUGAAGAAGAAUUUGACCCAUUCUUUCGUUAUGAAAUUCCUGCCACCCAUCUUUACUUUGGCAGAUCAGUAAGUAAAGAUGUACUUGGCCGUGUUGGAAUGACAUGCCCUCGUUUAGUUGAACUAGUAGUGUGUGCUAAUGGAUUACGACCACUCGAUGAGGAAUUAAUUCGCAUUGCAGAACGUUGCAAAAAUUUGUCAGCUAUUGGACUAGGUGAAUGUGAAGUCUCUUGCAGUGCCUUUGUUGAGUUUGUGAAGUUGUGUGGUGGCCGUCUGUCUCAACUAUCCAUUAUGGAAGAAGUACUAAUUCCUGACCAGAAGUAUAGUUUGGAGCAGAUUCAUUGGGAAGUAUCAAAGCACCUUGGUAGAGUUUGGUUUCCAGACAUGAUGCCCACUUGGUAAAGACCUUAUGCCAAAAGGCAAUUUUAAUAGCACCUUAAACUUGAGCAUACCACAUUGUAAAAAAGAAAAAAAAAGCUUAUUUAAUGUAGUUUUCAUAUAGUUAUAUGACUGUGGCAUAGAAAUUUGAUAUUUGCAGUCAGUGACUAAUAAACAGGCUUAAAUAUUGAUUGUAAUAUGGAAGCUCCAUGGGCCAGGUUUGGUCAGAAAAAUCUGUUUCUUUAGCCUAGUAACAGUCAAAUAUCAGUAGAAAAAUCAGUAGUGGUUCAAAUAUAAGAAUAAUAAACAGUUGUAAAGUUUAAACAUGUUAAGUCUGAGAAACUUGUUUACUACAGAUUAUGAAAUCCAAGUAGUCAUAGAUUUUCAAAAAUGUUUUGUUCUCUAUGCAGUUUUUAAAAAUGUAAAUUUGACAAUUUUUAGGGUCUUCGUACACCUGUUAUAAGGUGUCAAAUAUAGCUCAGGAAGAUAAGGUUUAUGGGAGAUGGGUGUAGGUAUGUUUUGCUUGUGAAGAUUGGCCAAAUUUUCACAGUUUUUACACAGCCCAGUUUUUUCUUACUGUACAUGUUUCUUGGGGGGAAAUAAGUAUACACUUAUUAGGCAAAUGGUAAAUUUAACAAAGUGGGCUGUUGUAUAAGAAUAUAAAUUAGAGCCAAGAUCAAACUACCACAGGGCAAAUGCACAAGGAGUAUAAGGAAAAGCAUUUGAUUUACAUUUUGAAAAUUGCUUUGUAAUCUACUAACCUUAUAAAGUCUAUCCUGUAAUAUGUUAUUCUGUAAAUUGCACUUGAGGCAUUUGUAUGUGAAGUAAGGAAUAUUUGGUUUUUGUAUAUUGUUUAAACUAGUUUUGAGGUUAUGAUGUAACUGAAAUUCAUAAUGGCAAACUAUUUAAAAAGCCAAAUCAAAAUUAUAAUUAAAGGUAAACUCAAAUGUUUAUAAAUUGUAUGAAAGAUUAUCAGAUUGUAGUGAGUCUUAAUGGUGGCUUAUUUUUUUCUUUUAGGGAUUGUACAGCUAAAUUGUGUAAGAUAUUUUGGUUUUUAUUAAUCAUACAUGAAGCUCCAAAUGUAUAUUUUUAGGGUGAGCUAUAAUAAAUUUAAAAGGCAUAUUUAAGUUUAUAAUUAUAUUUUUUGAGUGAAUAUUGCUAAGUGGAUAGAACAGUUUUAACAGAAAAAGUAUCAGCAGGUUCCUGUAAUUGGCAAUCACAUUAGUUAAAUGAGUAUUUUCUAAAUGAAUUUUUUGUCACUUUAAAGUGUCAUUUUAAGUUGCCUCCACCUAUACAAAGGUAAUAGUAUAAAGCAUAGUUCGUAUAAAUAUUAAGUUUUAUCUUCAAACAGCUGAAUUUCCUACUCUUUAUAUAAACUUUGGUUCUGGGGACUAAUGCUAAAUAUUUCCCUCUUUGGGAGAAAUUGGAAGGGCACUAACCAUCCAUUUUUAAAAAGUAGUUUAUUCCUGAUAGUAUAAAUUGAUGCCUGAAAUUACUUCAUCAGUGUUUCAGAAAUAGUUUAUCUCAGUUAGCAGUUGUGGGUACUAACUGUUUUAUUAAUUUUAUCUACUUCAAAACAGGAUUACAUAUUGAAUAGAGUAAUUUAUGGUCUUCUAAAUAAUUUUGAUUUGCCUUAGGAUUUUGAAAUGAUGAGAACUUAAUCUUUAGCCACAUGUAAAUAAGCAGAAACAAUAUAAUAGCUCAAAUUUAAAAAUUAAUAAGAAGUGAAUGCUAGUGGUUAUUUUGCAUGCACACGUACUCACGUGCACACAAACACACACACAUACCUUCAUAAGCUUGACUUUUAACAGAAAUGAAUGUUAAGUACUUGGGGUAUUUUAAAAGAGGCACAGAUCUCCUUGAACAUCUUUAGUAAAUGGAUUUGACAAAACAGAUGCUAAUAACCAAAGUUCUACUUGGAAGUUUACAUUUU